GGACUGUGUGUCUCGCGGCGCAGCAAGGCGAGGAGUGCGAGAACCUGGAGCCAGGCCUAACGCGCGUCAUGGGGACCUCCAGAAACUACACCGAACUGAGUUACGUGUGGGAGAGCUGGAGGACGCGCGUCUCCAGGAAGAUCAGGCCCUUUUACCUGCAGUACAUGUCUCUGAUCAACAAGCACGCUCGCCUCAACAACUACACGGAUGCCGGCGAUCUGAUGAGGAAGAAGUACGAGACCGACACAUUCGAGCAAGACAUGCUGGCCCUUUACGAGGAGCUUGACCCCCUGUACCGCCUGGUCCACGCCUACGUCAGGAAGAAGCUGCGGCAGGUGUACGGCGACCAGGUGAUUCCACCGCGAGGGCCCUUGCCUGCCUGCGUCCUGGGGGAUAUGUGGGGCAGGUUCUGGACGAAUCUUUACCCCGAGUUGGUUCCAUAUCCAGAGCAGCCUGACAUUGACGUCACGCAGACCAUGCAGGACGGCGGCUACAACGUCACCCACAUGUUCAAGUUAGGGGAAGAAUUUUUCACUUCGAUGGGUCUGAAGCCGCUGCCGGAGACCUUCUGGAACCUAUCCAUGCUGGAGCGCCCCGAGGGUCGCAGCGUUCAGUGUCACGCCACCGCCUGGGAUUUCUACGAUUCUAAAGACUUCAGGAUCAGAAUGUGUUCAGAGGUCAACUUCGAGAACCUUGAGACAGUCCAUCACGAGCUCGGUCAUAUCCAGUACUUCAUGCAGUACGCCCACUUGCCUCUGACCUACAGAGACGGCGCCAACGACGGCUUCCACGAGGCUAUCGGGGAACUGAUGUCCAUGUCCAUGUCGACGCCAAAGCAUCUCGCGGAGAUCGGUCUGCUGCAGGAGGUCCCCGAGAGCAAGGAGCUGAGCAUCAAUUUCCUGAUGCGGACGGCGCUGAAGAGCGUCACCACGCUGCCCUUCCACCUCGUCAACGACCUCUGGCGGUGGAGGCUCUUCAGGGGCGAGUAUGACACGGACGAGGCGAACGAAGAGUUCUGGAAGCUUAAAGAGCAGUACCUGGGCGUGGUUGCGCCGGUGUCCCGGACCAAGGACGACCUGGACGCGGUCUCCAUCUUCCACAUCGCCACAGGGUACGACAUGAUCCGCUAUUUCACCCGCACUGUGCUGCAGUUCCAGUUCUUCGAGACGCUGUGCAGGGCGGCGAACCACCAGGGGCCGCUCCACACCUGCGACUUCUACGGGUCGAAGGAGGCCGGGGACCUGCUCGCGAGAAUGCUGUCCCUGGGCUCGUCGCAGCCGUGGCAGGACGUGCUGCAGGUGAUGACUGGCGAGAGGAGGAUGACGGCGCGGCCGCUGCUCGACUACUUCCGCCCGCUGAAGGAGUGGCUGGAGGAGGACAACGCCAGGGGCGGCGACGGCGUCGGCUGGGGCGACUCCUGGAAGCAGACGCCAGGUACGUCCCGAGCGCCCCGCGCGGCGACGCCCUUCAGCCUUUGGGCCAUUCCGCUCAUGGCCCUUAUGUGGCGGCCGUAGGCGAGGCGUCCCCGAGCGCCAGGCGGCCCCGGCGUCGAGUGCGCGUGGCAGCUCCCGGCUCUGGCCUGUACUUACGAGACAUCAAUCAGGAAGUGGUUUGGUCUCGGGCUAGGCCCGGAAGCGCUUCUGCACUCAAGUUUUAUAACUUCU